GCUGUCAUUUCACAGCAUUGGGAAGAUCUGAGGUUCUUGCUUCAACAGUGAUUGAACGGAGCUUCGAUUUCUAGCCGAUAAAAGCCAUCACAUUUCAUAUUUAUUUUUUUACCAAGGUUUUGAUAAGAAAACAAGAAAAUAAUCAGCAGAAAUGGAUUCUCAAAUUCGUCAGAACUACGACCGCGACUGUGAGGCUUUGAUCAACAAGAUGGUGAAUUUGGAGCUAUAUGCUUGCUACACUUACACCUCUAUGGCUCAUUACUUCAAACGGGAUGAUGUCGCCCUUCCUGGUUUUGCCAAGUUCUUCAAGAAGGAGAGUGAGGAGGAGCGCGAGCAUGCCGAAAAAUUCAUGGAGUUUCAGAACAAGAGGGGUGGACGCAUUCUUCUACAGGACAUUCGGAAGCCUGAUCGUGAUGUGUGGGACAAUGGACUGACUGCUAUGCAGUGUGCUCUGCAGUUGGAGAAGACUGUUAACCAGACUCUGCUUGAUCUCCAUAAAGUUGCUUCUCAGAAGUGUGAUCCUCAUCUGUGUGACUUCCUGGAGACUCAUUACCUGAAUGAGCAGGUUGAGGCUAUCAAGAAGCUUGGUGACUACAUCACCAACCUUUCCAAGAUGGAUGCUGGCAACAACAGGAUGGCCGAGUACCUGUUUGACAAGCACACCCUGGAUGGACAGAGCUAAAUACAGCCAUCUUUUCAUCUGCAUACUGCAAAGCCCCAUCUAUACUCAAUCACAAAAUGUUUAUCACAGAGCUUUCUGCAGCACUAUAAAAUAAAGUCAUUUUGCUCUUAAGUAGUCAUCUUGUGAUCAUCAAGCCUUGCAUUUAUGCUAACUAUGACAGUGAAUUUGAUGAAUAAACAUUUUUGACUGGA